AUGGAUUCCAUUGCAAAUAGAGUGAACAAACUCAAAGAGCGCUUUCCUGCAGGAGAACCGCAUGUAUUAGAAUAUGCAGCUCGAGCACCCACUCUAUCCGAUGCAAUUAAUUAUUUACGAGAAAUCUACGGGAAUCCAACAUCUCAGCCAAGUGCAUGGGCAAAGCCCUUAAAAGUCUCAACGGCUCCAACUGACCCCAGAGAGAGAGCCCGUGCACGUGCCCUCGAAUCUACCACUGAAGAAGACUCCAAGCCAGAAUUUGACGUUUCUGAAUACAAGAUAAAAGAAUGCAGGAACCGAGCUGGCUGCAAUUGUGACAAUUAUCAUCACGAGUUCGAGCGACGCCGUAACCCUAACAAAACCCACUACUCAGAAAUUCCUUGCCCUAAUGUUUUUAAUGGGUCUUGGCGAGCUCCAGUCCUCUGUUCUAAAGGAAACAAUUGUGGGCACUCACACACAGUAAAUGAAGCUAGCUAUCAUCCCAGGACUUACAAAACGAAGCGCUGCCUUAAAUUCGACGAAGGAACUUGCCAUUAUGGCAUUAAAUGUGCAUAUAUUCAUGGGAAUAAUGACCCUAUUGCAGCUGCUUGGAAGCGUAAAAUGGAAAUGAUAAGCCAGCCUAAAACCUCUCAGCCAGUUAGCUUUGCACCUAAAGUGUCUUUGGCUUCUCUAAUACAAAGAGAUGAGCCACCUCCAGAGUCGGAUUUGUCACCUUCUGCAUGGACUUUUAUGCCGACUGUGAAAAAUCCUGUAGAAGAGCUGAAUUUGAAGAUGCAGAAAAGAAUAGAAGAACUUUAUUUGAAAACUCUAUGCUCAAUUUGCUACAUAAAAGAAAAAGACACAGCACUAAUACCUUGUGGGCAUCUUUUUUGCAGUGAGUGCUUAUUGCAAACAGUCACAGCAGUCUGCCCUAUCUGCAGGAGAGAUUUUCGAGAUAAAUUAACAGUAUUUUUGUAA